AUGACAUCCCAGGAGCAGCUGGUGCAGCAAGUCCUUCAGGAGCUGCAAGAGGCCGUGGAGUCCCAGGGCCUGGAGGGGCUGGUGGGGGCUGCCCUGGAGGCCAAGCAGGUCCUCUCGACCUUUGCCCUCCCCACCUCGCGGGAGGGGGGCGCCUGCCCGCAGAGGCUGGAGGUGGACUCGGUGGCCCUAAGCCUCUACCCCAACGACGCGCCGCGGAACAUGCUGCCGCUGGUGUGCCAGGGCCAGGGCAGCCUGCUGUUCGAGGCGGCCAGCCUGCUGCUGUGGGGCGACGCGGGGCUGAGUCUGGAGCUGCGCGCGCGCACCGUGGUGGAGAUGCUGCUGCACCGUCACUACUACCUGCAGGGCAUGAUCGACUCCAAGGUGAUGCUGCAGGCCGUGCGCUACUCGCUGUGCUCCGAGGAGUCCCCGGAGAUGACCAGCCUGCCCCCGGCCACGCUCGAGGCCAUCUUCGACGCGGACGUCAAGGCCACGUGCUUCCCCAGCAGCUUCUCCAACGUGUGGCACCUGUACGCGCUGGCGUCCGUGCUGCAGCGUAACAUCUACUCCAUCUACCCCAUGCGCAACCUCAAGAUCCGGCCCUACUUCAACCGGGUCAUCCGGCCGCGCCGCUGCGACCACGUGCCCGCCACGCUGCACAUCAUGUGGGCUGGCCAGCCGGUGGGCGGCCACCUCUUCCGCCACCAGUACUUCGCCCCCGUGGUGGGGCUGGAGGAGGUGGAGGCGGAAGGCGCCAGCCCGCUCUCGGCGCCCGCCAAGACCCUGGAGCUGCUGAACCGCGCGCCCGGCCUCAGCUACUCGCAUCUGUGCGAGCGCGCCAGUGUCACCAAGAGCACCUUCUACCGCUGGCGCCGCCAGUCCCAGGAGCACCGGCAGCGUGUGGCCGCGCGCUUCUCGGCCAAGCACUUCCUGCAGGACAGUUUCCGCCGCGGCGCCGGCCUCGUGCCUCUGCAGCAGUUCCUCCAGCGCUUCCCCGAGAUCUCGCGCUCCACCUACUACGCCUGGAAGCAGGAGCUGCUGGGCAGCAGCUCCGGGGCCUGCCCCGCCCUGCCCGCCCCCGAGACGCUCACCCGGGAGGCCCUGGAGAAGCUGCCCGAGGAGUCGGGCACCACCACUGCCGCCGCUGCUGCCACGCCUGCUGUGGUGGGGGCGCCUGGGGCCGCCUCGCAGGCCCUGGCCACCCCCGGGAUGGUCCUGAUGCAGCGGGCCAAGCUCUACCUGGAGCACUGCAUCUCCCUGAACACGCUGGAGCCCUACCGCUGCUUCAAGUGCAGGUUCCCCGGCAUCUCCCGCUCCACCUAUUACAACUGGCGCCGCAAGGCCCUCCGGAGGAACCCCGACUUCAAGCCGCCGCCUGCCCUCUUGGGGACCCGGACUCCCCAGCCUGCCUUGGUGGGAGAAGAACCCCAGCAGCUCUGGAAGGGUGAGGCGGAAGAAGGGGCGGAGAAAGCGCGGGAUGAGGGGCCCCGCGCGCCGCAGCAGCUUCCGGCCCCGAGGAUGCCCCUGUACCGUUGGCAGCGGCGCCAGCGCAAGGCAGCCCGCAAACAGGUGCUGAGCGGGCACCUCCCCUUCUGCCGCUUCCGCCUUCGCUACCCGGGCCUGUCCCCGUCCUCCUUCUGGUUCUGGAGGAGUCUCGUCCCCCCCGGCUGGUCCAGACCCAGGUCGAAACUCCAGCAGCGGCAGGCUCCCCCCUCCAGCCGAGGAGGGGUGCAGGAGGCUGAGAAGAGAGAGAAAGAAGCCAUCGGGAGUGGAACCGCGGCCCCAGCCACGACCGUCCCUCUGGGGACAUCAAGUCUGGGGGUGUCCCCGGGAGAGGAUCCUGGGCAGACUCAGAAAAGGCCUUCCAGAGAGGGGAUCCCUGUGCAAGAUGGGGUGCUGGCUCCAGGCCACCCCCACAGUGGGUCUCCUUCCAGCUCCGCAACCGCAGCAAGGGGUGGUGAGGGCCAGGGACUGGUGAUGGACAUGCUGACCAGCCCCAGGUUCAAGGCUGAGGCCAAGCUGUUCCUGCAGAAGCGCUUCGAGUCCAAGAGCUUCCCCUCAUACAAGGAGUUCAGUGCUCUCUUCCCGCUCACGGCCCGCUCUACCUACUACAUGUGGAAACGGGCGCUCUACGAGGGCCUCACCCUGGUGGAUGGCUCACCAGCAGCUGACAGGCAGCUGGGUUCUCUGAGCCCCAUCUUCAAAGAACCUCCUGGUGGCCAGAAGGGAGAGAGGGGCAUUGUGUGA